UGGCCAUCUAUACCUAUAAUCUUUUUCAAGACUAGCUCACUCGACCCAGCCGGCCUUUCUGGAGUCUCUGGUGUUCGUUCCUCUCCAGCAUGAUGUCAUGUCUCUCUAUCCCUUUCUUUCCUCUUUGUUUGCAUUGUCAUUCAUACUCUCUUGUCUGUUUAUUCUCUACUCGGGUCUUCUUGGUCAUAUACACACAUAUACAGGUAUUACAUACAUACGUCUUUAUGUGCGAUUUUUCCUCGUGAGGUUUGAAUACUUCUUCCUUCAUUCAUUCAUGGUGUCGGGCGUUUGAGUUCUUCAUGGACUUUCUUUUCCAACGACCUAUUCUCUCUAUAUAUAUGUGUGUU